AUGAAUGCAAAUAAAAAGUGUAAAACUUAUCAUUUUAAUCAGGAAUGGGAGUUGGAGUUUUUUUUUGUUGACAUUAAAGGCAAGUGCGUGUGUUUAAUAUGUCGAGAUACUCUUUCUAUUUUCAAACGUGGAAACAUAGAAAGACAUUACCGGACUAAACAUGCAGAUUUUGAUUUAAAGUUUCCAACUCAUUCCAGCUUACGACAAGAUAAGCUAAAAACAAUGAAAUUAAAACUGAACCAAGAGCAGUCUGUUUUUAAAAAUCCAAAUAAAUUAGCCCAAAAUGUAACUAUUGCUUCAUUCAAAGUAGCAUACUUAUUAGCAAAGAAGAGAAAACCGUUUUCCGAUGGUGAAUUAAUUAAAGAAGCCUUUAAAGAAGCGUCUGACUCAUUAUUUACGGACUUCAAAAACAAAAGUGAAAUUCUAGGUGCCAUUAGUUCAAUUCAAUUAUCAAGUAACACAGUAAUGCGUCGUAUUGGAGCCAUAUCUUCAAAUCAAAAAACUCAAUUACAGACUGAUUUAUCAAAAUGUUCAUACUUCAGUUUACAAAUGGAUGAGUCUAACGAUAUGAUUGAUACUUCACAGCUUUCUAUUUUCAUCAAAAUGUGUUUUGACGAUUUUUCUGUUAAGGAAGAAUUUUUAAAAGUCUUAUCGUUAACCGGAAGAACUAGAGGAGUAGAUAUUUAUAAAACGUUUAAACAAUUUGUUGAAGAAGAAGAAAUUCCAAUUGAAAAAUUAGCUAUUAUAAAUAUAAACAAUGUUAUGGAACUUGUAGUGAAAAUUGUAAACAGCAUCAGAGGUAAGGCAUUAAAAAGACGUCUUUUUCGUGAACUGAUGGACGAAGUAGAUUGUCAUUAUGGAGAUUUACUAUUACAUUCUAACGUUCGUUGGUUAAUUAAAGAGUUACAAGGAAAAGAAAAACAAAUUAUUGAUAUGAUAUCACAUCUUCAAGCGUUUUCUAGUAAAUUAGCAUAUUGGGAAAAUAAUAUGAAAAAUGGUGAUUUCCAAAGAUUCAACGACUUUAAAAUACUUGAGCCAGUUGCGCAGUUUAUAUCAAAUCCAUUAACUGGGGAUGUUGAGACAAAAGCGAAUGAAAUUGGAAAUUUGUUUAAUCUUGAUAUAACAGUUUUGGAAAUGGAAAUAAUAACGUUACAAAAUGAUUCAAUACUUAAGAUUACCUCUGAGUUUUGGAAACACGCGAGUUCUCAAAAAUACCCAAAUCUACGAAGCAUUGCCCUUCGUAUAACUUCAUUUUUUGGUUCAACUUGGUUAUGCGAGUCAACAUUUUCGAGUAUGAAAUACUUAAAGAACAAAUAUCGUUCAAGAAUUACAGACAGUAAUUUGGAUUCAAGUUUAAGAGCAGCUGUUUCUAAUUAUAUACCACAAUUCUCAAAACUUGCAGAAAACCAAUGCCAGGUAUCACAUUAA